UUGGCGCGAACGCGGCGCGCGCACGCCGCAUCUUUGCUUACGUAAGUCGUUUCCCGCCCUUUUGGACCAACGAAAUCGCGUUCGGAAUUUUGAAAAUAGAACGCACUGUUUUGGAUUAAAAGUUACCCUUUUCAAGAACCCACACCAAAGAGCCAUGCGCCGCAUCUCCCCGCACAACCCGGUGCGCCGGCGCCUCUUCCCCGAGGCACAUUUAGAAGAGGAAGCCCGCAUGGACAACUGCGCUAACGUGCUGCAAGAAUCUAUAGCCAGGGACCAAGCCGCCAUGACAAAGAAAUAUAAUUUCGACUUCACCACCGAGACCGCGUUACCAGGCGAAUGGGAUUGGUCCACGCGCGACGGCGAAAACUGGAUCGGAUUCAAACCGAAUACGAUGGAAACUACGCAAAAAGAUAAAGACUGCAUUGAAAUGAGACUAGAAAAUGAGACCACCCCUAAAGAAAAACCUGAUAAGGAACUGCCUGCUGUUAGAAAGAGAAAGAGCGAUGCGGCGGCGAGCGACAGCGGAGCGAGAAGGAAGAUCAGUUUCGACUAAAAGGAAAUUUGAGUUUAGGGUUGUCACACGCUUAUGAAGUGCCACUUAAAGUUUGAUAGGAUAUUAAAAUUUCUCUUAGUUGGUUUAAUAAGUAUACUUGCAUUUCUGAGUAAUUUAGUCUUCUUUAAAUUUAUUAACGUCAACGUAUGAAACUAUUCCUUUAUUCAAAAUUUAUCUCAAUGAUUAUUUUUUUUUAAUUAAUUAUUGACUAAAUUAAAUCAUUCGGUUUUAAUAAGUAUUGACUGGAGCAAGCUAAGUUUUGUGCGAAGUCCAGUUGCAUCUCACGCAUAUGACAUUUUAUUGGCUUUAAAUCCCGCCUAAUAUGGUAUUUAUUUACUUUAACAAUUUACUAAAAUUAUGAAAAUUCAAAGGACUGAUGACUUCCCUAAUAGGACUUUAUAUUUUAGAGAGUAACUGUAGAUAUUAUAGAGUAUAGACCGACCGCUUAAAUGAGUCCUGGCCUCGCCACCCUUAGUCCUACCCCGUCGCCCCCGUACCGCGCAGGCGAGGACUCAUUGAAGUGGUCGGUCUAUACCUACAUUAUAAUUAUAGUCGUUUUCGGUUAUAGUCGUCUAUUUAUUUGCAUUAAGACUGUUUUGUGUAAAAAUGUUUAGUAAUAUUUAUUUAAAAACGUAGUUUUAGAAAUGUAUUCGUUCCGCUACAUAACAUCACAAUUUUGUAGCUUAGAGAUAGGUACUUAUUUUGUAUAAAGAAGCCUUUCCCAUUCAAAGAUUUGAUAAAUGCAUUUAAUGUAACUUUUAAACUUCUUCAUAAAUCACUCUCAGAUCGAUCUAUUUUCCAAAAUAUUAUAAAACAAGAAGCGUUCGUAUUUCACCAAGAACUUAAAUUUUUACAGCGCUAAAUCUAGUUAGUAGUUAGAUAUCAGAUUUAGGCCAUUUUAUAUAAAUUCUCGUUUAGUUUAAAACAAUUUAAAUGUUUUUGGUAAAGGACGAAUGUGAUCACCGAUUGAUGUAAAUUUGUAAUUUUAGUAUAAUUUUAAUGCAGCUACCAUUUUCCAAAACCUACAACUAUAAAAUUUUAUAUAUUGAUAGAAAUACAUUAAUAUUAUUACCUAAAGAGUUAUACAUUUUAUAGUGACAGACAUAGCUUUUUUAAGUAUAAAGACGGACGUAAAGUGUUUCGUCUUUAAAUGAAUUUUAAAGGUGACAUUCGGUUGGCAACUGCAGAUGCAUUACUGUUGCGACAUUACUGCUGCGGCACACAUACAUACAUAUAAUCACGCCUAUUAUCCAGAGGGGUAGGCAGAGACCACGAAUUCCCACUUGCUACGAUCCUGACAUACCUUUUUCACUUCCUUCAUCAUUUUCAUAAUAUUCCUCAUACACGGUCGCUCGCGGGAGCUGUGUCUGUCAAUAUUAAAAAUAAAAUUACCUCUAUAACAUGAGAUGACUGACGGAUUGAAUGUCAUAUCAUAAUCGCGGCAGUAAUACGUCACCCACGAGAAUAAAUGGAAUCAGGGCUUGCAGCUAUACCGGCGGCAUCAACGUCGUCGCAACACUAAUGCCACAGAAUAAAUAAUAGUACUAGGUCUAGGUACAAGGUUCACUCUCGUACUCUUACAAAACGCGUCUAUUACGACAGAUAUGACCGCAAGGUGGCGCAAGUGCAAGCAGGCGUCCGUUCCGUAGCGGUGCGCGGCAACUACUACUGCUAGACACCAAAAUUGGUGUGGACCGCAUGUACCUACUUAUAGCGACGCGACGAAAUCGCGGAGUGAGCCACGCGUGGUAAUGCCGCAACAGUAGUGCAGCUAUCGGAAUGUUACCUUUAGAAACAAUGUAUUAUUCGACUUGAAUUGAGGAAUGCGUGGCUUGCAUAACGUUUUAGUGAGACUUAUUAUAGACGCUGUAUGGGUUUAAUACCGUUAACGUAACGUUAUUAAAAUCUAUCUGAUGCUACAUGUAUAAAACACGUAUUGAAUUAUAUUAUUGGGAUAUUAAUAUGUGAGUGGGACAUUUAUUAUUUUUCUCGAUUGUGUAUGUAAACUGUGUGACAAAAAAAUUGCUGCAUAUUGGUGACAAUUUUCACAAACUUGUGCGUUUGUGAAAAUUGUGUAGGUAAAUGAUAUUUUGAAGAUAAUUCUAUUUUUAGUUCAAUGAUUGUAAUUUUAAUCAAUAUGUCAUUUUGGUAAAAACGUUUAAUCAAAACAAAAAAUCCUAAAAAAUAUUAGUUAACGAAUUUUUGAACCAUUCUGUAUAAAUUCGAAUCCCAUUAUUUUCAUAUCUUGGUCUUCUUGAUGAAUAUUAGGAAAUACUUUGCCCAUACAGCCGAUUAACUUUAGGAGUAGUAUCGUAAAAUAAAAAUAUUUUUAAGCAAUUACGGCAAACUAAAACGCUUUUAGGGUUCCGUUCAAAAGAACGAAACCCGGAUAUUAAAGCUUUAUGCACUAAAUCUAACCUAAAUAUGUUGACAGUCGAGUCCAUAAUAACAGUAGCAUAGCAGCUGUUACUUUUUCUAUCAAUCUAUCAUUUUAAAUGACAGUUUCAGAAACAAAACAAGGAACGUAAACUACAUAAUGUACUUUAUACUUAUAACUCUUUAUAAGGUUAACCGAGGUAAAUGCAACUAUGGGGUUAUUGCGUCUAUUUGACUUCUUUUUUCAAACAAUGUGAAUUACGAGCUCCCGUCAUGAGGGUCAGAUCUAGUGAUAAAUAAAAGCCUGAGCUACUUGGAAAUAAAGGGGCCCACUGAUUAACAGUCCGCCGGACGGUAUCGGCCUGUGAGUUGUUCGGAACUAUUAAAAUUUUGUUCUAACUAACAGGCCGAUACCGUCCGGCGGACUGUUAAUCAGUGGGCCCCUUAAAACAUAACAUAAUAGAUGGCGUUCCGACCAACCGUAUUCAAGGAAUACCUACCCAAAUAAUAGCAUUUACCUCGGUUGCACUUAAAUUGUUUUUUGAACAACAAUUUGAAUUCAACCUAGAUUUUAACUAACUCGAUUCAGAUUACCUGUGCUGUUAUAUGACUCGACUAAAUUAAACGAAACAGCUAAUUCCCAAAGUUCCGGUAGAUUUUUUACGUCUGUUAGACAAUACUACUGCAUGACGGUUUUUAAACGAUGAUUACGAACACCGAAAUGGUUUGGUGAAAAAACCAAAACCAGUUAAUUGGGUUACACAUUAUAAUUAUUAUAAAUAUACAGUUUGAAAGCAAUCGGAUUUGAGUCCUCCGUGUAAGUAAAAAAUAAUAUAUCUGUGUCAUGAAAACCCGUAAAAAGGAUCGACAAACAUUAAUAUAAGUGAAAUCUAACAAUCUGACAAAACUAGUACAUUAAAAUUUUCCUCCGAGUGAAACACAAAAUUUUUCACCACACCAACCCGAAGCAAACAUUAAAUGUAAAAUAUCAAAGAAAAUCAAACCAAAUCAACUCCAAAUGAAUGUUGUUAAAUAUUUAUCAUCUAAAAUCAUAAUUUAAAAGUCAAUUCUACAAUGUUGUUAAAUAUUUAUCAUCUAAAAUCAUAAUUUAAAAGUCAAUUCUACCAACAUAAGAAAACAACUUAAAAUUUGCAUUUGAUUACUUUGCCUCACAUGUGAAUAAAAUGCAACUUUGCUAUCAGUUUUUGAAGUGCAAAGUAAGCCUUUCCGAGCUGGAGUGCUGAAAACAUUAUUAAUUUACUAAUUUUCAGUAUCUACGUGGCGCCUAAUUGCCCAAAAUCAUCGUUCAAAAACUGUACCGUAGUCUGAUACUUACUGAUAUAAUCAUAUAAUUUAAAAAUAUUUUAAGUAUUUAUAUUUUUAAUAUUUAUUUAUUAAAGGUUUAGAAACCUUAGAAUUUAAAAUAAGUAGGUUUGUAUAAAUUUUAAUAUCUUUAUUUUAUACAUGUUUUCUUUCAAUGAUCUGUGCAUAUUCAGAUAUCUGAAUCCUAAGAUGUCAAAAAAGUUAUCUUACCUGACAUAUUUUUAUUUUGUAAACUGACUGACUAAUAGUAAUGAAUAAUGAUACUCUAUUUGACACAUUUCAUGUAUUGAUUACAAGGCUCCUAUUUGCCAAUAUAAAUGUAAAAACUGACAGCGACUACAUCAUGUCAUAAGAUGGUCGUAUCCCAUAAUUAUCAUAAUUAUAAAAUCAAAGUCAAAUAAAGUCAGUUACAAGUUUACACCUAAUUAUUUUGUGCAAUUAACUGUUUAGCAAUAAAAAGAUAUAAUCAAAUAGUGAGAUAUUUAUUUAUAUUUAAUCAAAUAAUCAUACAAUUACCUAAGAAAAAUAUCAGCAUUCGAAAUGACAUUGGGUACCUACUGAUAAAAAGUAAAAAAAUAUGGACAAUGUAAAAAGAUAUUUUUAUUUAUGUAACUAUAGUAUGCAUAAGAUAGUUAAUAAUUUUCAAAUGUAAAUACCUGACUGGACUUCUAGAAUUUGUAUUUUAAAGUACCUUACCAUAAAAUUAAGGUUUUUUAUGACGAUAAUUUAUUGUAGUCUGGUUUAUCUAAAUUAAAUUAUUAUUUAUAAUAUUU